GUUAUACUUCUUAUCCUUGUGUGAACAACCAACAAAGCUUUAACAAUUCCUCAACUCAACCAGCAUCAACAUCUCUACAUUCCUCAUCAAAACUAGGCAAUGCACUGUCACAUGGAGUCAAAGAACCGGUUCUGGAAUCUCAACAGUCUUCUGCACAGCAUUCAUAUGACACAACUCACACUACUAGUGGAAACGGUGGUCUGACAUCCACCAUGCCAUCAUCUACCACAACACCAACAGGCAUAGCAGCUGCUACGAUGGGAGGCACGGCAACUUUAGGGUUGGCCUCAACGUCUGUUGCCACAACAGCAUCGGUUUUAAAGAACUCUCUCUCGGCUAAUUACCUUGCAGCAGGAAAAGCCAUGCCAAACAUUCCACCAGGUGUCCCACCAGCCAUGUUAGGGCGCCAGUACAUCAUGAGUCAGGCGGGUUUGCCCUUCUACGGCUUGCAGCAGCCUGUAUAUAGUUACGAAGAUAUGCAGAUACUGCAGUCCAGAUUGCCGACAUUGGGUUAUUAUGACAUGCCUUUCCAACCUACAACAAGUUUAACUGGAAGAGACCCAGGGCUUGGCAGUGUAGCAUACACAGGAGCUGAUGGAAAGUUUAAUCGAGGGGAUGCUGAUGGAUCGACAGUAGCCACAACCUUAUCUCAGGGUCAAGCGACAGGUCAAACUCAUGGCCAUCCUUUUCUAAACCCUGCUGCACUGCCCCCAGGAUAUGGAUAUUACUUUCCAGGGAUGAUGCCAGGCAGCAUGCAUCAAUAUGGAACUCCAUUUAUCCCAGUCCCGCCUGCAACAAAUGCCCAUGGUGUGUCUACCAACACUCAGUUUCAGAAAGCUUAUGGUUCACAUUCAUACACUUCAGCCUACGACAGUUUAAGCCAGACACAAGACUACUCGAAGAGUGCCUAUAGUGCUGGGUCACAAGGUCAAGGAAAGGGAGUGACAGGAUCAUUAGCUGGUACAACAGAUCUUGGUGCUUCCAUGUACAACAAAACUCAUGCUCAACUAGCAAAGUCUUUUGACAAGCCUGGAUUCCACACGGGUACUCCUCCCCCUUUCAACCUGGCAGGAACACAGACCCCUGGGCUAAUGGGAGCUUCUUCAGCUCCUUAUGCUCCAUUUAUUCCUGUUUUGACUCACGGGCAACAUCACUCGGCCGUGCUUCACCACCACUUGCCACAGGACUCCCCUCAGCCUGGAGGAACCCCUUCUGGGGGUCCCCAACGAGGAGGUCCCCAAGGGCUGGGGCAGCAGAAAGGACCAGGAGGAACCAAACAAAAUUAUUCUUAUUGGAAUCCAAACUAAACAUUAGCUAAUGGUUAACCAUUGGUUAAGCUUUGUUCAGAUGACUGGUCAUUGUUAGAAGAGGAAGUGGGGUGAAGAAGCUUUGACGUUUUCUCCCCUUACUAUAGAGUACAUAUGUGCUGUAUGAAAAGUUUGUCUUUUUUUGUCAUUACUGAACUUCAGAUUUUGUAGCCUAGAGUUGCUUUCCUUAAUAUUGCUGGUCAUGUCAGGUUCUAGUGUGUGGUAGUUUCUUAAGAUUUGUUAGCACAGGCUCCUGAGAAAGCCAUUCACAAAAUCUGAUAUUGUGUGAUAAUUUUAUCAGGUUCUUAUUGUUUUGUGAAAAAAAAUUUCAUAAAUUUGGUGUAUUAUUAGAAAAUUGUUUGUAUUAAACAGAAUACCUAUAGUGUUA